AUGCUGAAGUAUGCCGACUGGACCAACAUGAUGACCUAUGAUCUCCACGGGGUGUGGGACAAGGAGAACCCCAUUGGAGAUAUCGUCCAGGGACAUACAGACUUGACGGAAAUCAAACAGUCCAUGGACCUUCUAUGGCGUAACGACGUCCCUCCAGAGAAGGUCGUCCUCGGGCUAGGCUUCUACGGACGGUCCUUCCAGCUGAAGAGUCCGACGUGUUCAUCGCCUGUGUGUGAGUUUGCAGGGGCUGCAAAGGCGGGUGAUUGCACGAAUAACGCGGGGACUUUGGCAUACUUCGAGAUUCAAGACAUCAUAUCUGAAAAGGACCCCGAAAUCAUCCACGACGAAGACGCCGGGGUAAAAUACUUCACUUUCAGCAAUGACCAAUGGGUCAGCUUCGACGACAAAGACACCUUCAAGCAAAAGACCGACUACGCCAACGAUGUCGGCCUCGGCGGGCUCAUGAUCUGGUCGAUCGACCAGGAUGACAAGCAGUUCACCGCACUCCAGGGCCUUCUGGGCACAACACUGCAAGACUACGACCUGAACCUCUAA